AUGGAGAAACAGCAUGAAAUAUCGAUACACGUGGGAGGAUCAGCCACCAAGGAGCGUCCCGUAAGUGCCCGGAUCCGAUGGGCGACCGGGAGCUCGUCUCGCAACAGCCAGUGCGCGUCGCGGUUUGGCAAUGGAGCACUCAAUUGCACUCGGCCGGUUGUCAUGGCGCGCGUGGGCGUUGGACAAGGUUGGUGGAGGAGGGUCAGCGGACGACGGCGAUUCGCCGAGGAUGCUGCAGCGGACCCGAUGCAGGCAAAGUCAGAUGGCCUAGGAGGUCUAGAUGGUUGCCAACGGCGCUGA